GCACGCUUGUUGCCACCCUACCACAAACAAGCACCCAUCUUCCCCUACCAGCCGCCGCGUAACUUACCUGUCCCACUCGGGCAAUACAGAAGCCCCACUCCCUCCUCCUCGAGAGCAUAGAUCGUCCUACCUGUGGCAGGUAGCUGUACGGUAUCAAUGGACUCAACAACGUUAACUCAUGACGUCGAUUCGAUCCUCCAAGCGGCUUCCGAGUUCGCCUCCUAUCCUGGAGCAGUGAAUGACGCUGCGGCGAAGGAAUUUGUUGAUCGGUGCCCACUUACUACUCUUUUUGGUGCGUUACAGAUGGAGGUGGAUGUACCUAAGCUGGAGGAUACUCUAGUUGCAUGCUUAGAGAGAAUAUUCAGAACCAGAUAUGGCUCCACUCUUCUACUACAAUAUGUUGACUUUAUACGUGCUGGACUUCAAGCAAAUUCAGAGGCUAUCAGAUGCUUAGCUUGUAAAUCUAUAUUUUUCAUUCUUGAAAACAUGGAGGACAAGGCAUCUGCUGUGAGGAUUCUUGUUGAAAAUAAUGUAUAUGCGCUCCUGAUAAACUGCCUCCUGGAUGGCAACGAACAAACUUCUGCUGCUUCUCUUAAUGCCAUAAAGAACAUUGCAAAAUCUCCUGAAGGAAUUCAUGUUGUCUUCCCAUCUAGGCGUGAUGAAUCUAUGCAACUGAAAAAUAUUGCAGGUCACUGUUCUUCUACGGCUCGUAUUCGUAUUCUGGCUCUGAUAUCGGAACUGUUCUCUCUUUCUGAGGAUAUUGCAUGUGCAAUUUUUGACUCAAACCUCUUAGAGCUUUAUGAAGUUGAAAUCAAUAAAAGAAAUGAUACACUCACCGUUCUGACUGCUUUGGAAAUUUUGUUCGAGUUGGCACAAUCUCCUCAUGGUACAAAAUUCUUACUGAAGACCUCUUUACUACAAAUUCUAACUGAUAUGAUCAGCAAUGAUGCAGUGGAUUCUAUAUUGCGAUCAAGAGCAUUGCUCAUAAGCGGAAGGCUUUUUUCUUCAGCGGAUGCUUACAAAACUAUUGAUCAAUCAUGGAUAAAGGUAUUUCUUUUGGCCAUUGAUCAGCGAUUGAAUAAGCUUGAGUCUCCAAAUAAUGAAGAAGUUGAAAAUGCUCUAGAAGCAGUGGGCCUCAUUGGAUCUU